CGCCUUCAUUUCCUUUCUACUCCUGUAACCCUAGAGCCUCAUCCACCAGCAGCUUUGUCUUUGCGUCUUCGUGUCUUUGUCUUUUUUUUUUUCUUUUUUUUUUUGAUUAUUUUUCUGAGGGAGGUCCAAAAAUGGAGGCAAAACGAAGCUCCGACCUUCCUCCUGGUUUUAGAUUCCACCCAACUGAUGAGGAGCUCAUCGUUUUUUACCUAAAAAACCAAGCCUCCUCAAGGCCCUGCCCUGUGUCCAUCAUCCCAGAGGUUGAUAUUUACAAGUUUGACCCGUGGGAGUUGCCUGAGAAGGCAGAGUUUGGAGAGAGCGAAUGGUACUUCUUCACCCCGAGAGACCGAAAGUACCCGAACGGGGUGCGCCCGAAUCGGGCAACCGUAUCGGGUUACUGGAAAGCCACGGGAACAGACAAGGCGAUUUACAGCGAGUCCAAGUACGUGGGGGUGAAGAAAGCUCUUGUGUUUUACCAGGGCAGGCCGCCAAAGGGGGUCAAGUCGGACUGGAUUAUGCACGAGUAUCGCUUAAGCGACUCGCGAAAACAACAAGCCAACAAGCACCUCGGGUCCAUGAGACUGGAUGAUUGGGUCCUCUGCAGGAUCUACAAAAAAAAGCAUCUGGGCAAAGCUUAUCUGGAUCAAAAAGUGGAAGAAGAUCAAAAAAUUGAGAUGAAAACACCAGAAACGGCGAAAGCCAACGAGGAACAAGUGAUGUUGAAAUUUCCACGGGCCUGUUCGAUAACUAGCUUACUGGACAUGGACUACUUGGGCCCGAUCUCCCAACUUUUUAGUGACAAUAAUUCUGGAUACGAUUUUCAGAACAGCAUGGCCGGCGCAGGAGCCGGCCAGGCUCAAAUGUUUCAGUUCGGGGAAACGCAGAAUUACCAAAACACGAUGGACUCCGGUAAAUUCCAAGUGACGGCUCAGAAUAGCGUUUUUGACCACCAACCGUGGUUUGGACCGUAAUUAAACAAUGAAAAUCUGGGUGUUUUAGAUGGGAAAUUAAGGUGGUAAAAAGAAUGUUGUAAUAAAAUGGUGGGUUGUGAGAGGAGUUGAAUUAUUUUAAACAAAUUGUGAAAUGGAUUUGAGCUGUUUAAUUUGAA